AUGUCAAUAUCAGUUGACAGUAAUAAUCUUAGUUUUGUUAACGAUGUGAAUCCUGGGAAGGAUAUGUGGAAUAUGAAGGCGAGAAUUAUUCGAAAAUGGAAUCAGGGUUACAAGAUGGAUCUCAUCUUCAUUGAUGAGAAGGGUGCUAAGAUUCAAGCAGGUAUUAAGAGUCAUCUGAUACCUGUUUUUGAUGGACAGUUUCAAGAAGAUGCUGUUGUGAUUCUGUCGAAAUUUGGUGUUAGUGAGAAUAAAGAUUUAGAUAAAGUAGUAGUGCAGCCUUAUAAAAUCAACUUUUAUAGAUGCAUAACUGUUACUCGUGUGAGAGAUUGGCAAGGUGUUGAGUAUGGUUUUAACUUUAGAGCUUAUGAAGAUAUUCUUCAAGGAGAGGCAUUAAAAGCUUUGAGUGUUGAUGUUGCUGGAUCUGUGAUUUGUUGUGGAGAUCUUGAAAUCUUUGAUCGACCUCCAAAGGAGACUAAGAAGAUGAAUUUCAAUAUUGAAGAUUUGGAGGGUAAGGUUUUGCGGUGUACUGUGUGGAAUGAUUAUGCUCUGCAGAUUAAGGACUUCAUUUCUAAAAUCCCACUUCAUGAGCAUGUGAUGGUUGUUAUACAACAUGGAAAGUGUAAGGAAUGGAAAGGUGAAUAUACUGUUCAAAGUGAUAAGUUUGCAACACGAAUUUUUCUGAAUGAAGAAAUUGAUGAAGUUGAUGAGCUAAGGAGGAGGCAUAUACUGAAGUUUGGAUAA